AAGAAAUAAGAAGCAGCCAUCCAUACACUUUGUCAAAAGUGAAGGAAGCUGGGUUCGACUUGAACAUUCUUAUUUCUCCAUGGUUCGAAGGAGAAUAGAACUUUUAGAAGACAAUGCAAUAAUAAAACUAGAGCUUUCUGCUCUCUAUGGAUUUUGCUGUGUCUACACACUUCUCCAAUUUUGUGAGUCUGGUUAAUGUUGGUGUUCCAAAAAUCAGGGAAGGAUUAUCAAUCAACUUGGUCUCUAAAUUGGAAACAUUUAAUUGUCUUUGAAAGACUGCUUUAUAUUAUACCAUAGAGAAACAGCAAUAGUACUUCACCUACAGUGCAAUGCCAAAUAACAUUCAACUUUCAACACUCCGGCGCACCUCCAGCCUCCGGAGGUCCAAGAGGCAUGAAAUUGGAACCAGUACCAGCGAUAUCACAAGUCUGGUCGUGUCAUCAGAGUAUCAGGGGAACGACGAGAAGCACCAACCGUGCGAUGCCGCGAUCUACCCCACCAAAGACGCCGAGGCUAGCGCGCCAGCCGCACCCGGCCCCCUUCCGGAUCCGCCGCCCGCAGAUGCCGUGUACAUGCGGCGUCACGCCAACUUACUCCACUGCGUGUGCCUGAUUCUGGGAGCCACCAUCGGGCCCAAUGUCUUCCUAUCCCCGUCGGUUUUCAUCGCCAACUCCACCUCUGUGUGGUCAUCUACGAUAAUCAUCAUCUUCUGCGGGGCUGUCUGCACCAUCGCCGCCCUGUGCUAUGCCGAUCUGAUCACGGCGUUCAAGCAGUC